CUCUACUCAUGUGAAUUCGUAGAGGAAAAGAAGAAGCGAACAGAGGUUCGUUUGAAGAGAGAGAGAUAUGGCGUCGGUGGUGAGGAGCGCGUUGAAGGCGAUCAAGGAGAAAGGCAUCGGGAACUUCAUCAGGGGGCUCAAAGAAGAAGGAUAUUUGAGAUGCCUCCCGGAUGGAAACCUUUUGCAAACCAAGAUUCACAAUAUAGGUGCAACGCUUGUGGGAGUUGAUAAAAUUGGUAACAAGUAUUAUGAGAAACUUGACACUCAAUAUGGACGACACAGGUGGGUGGAAUAUAAGUCGAAGGAUCGUUACAACGCGUCUCAGGUGCCACCAGAAUGGCAUGGUUGGCUCCACUUCAUAACUGAUCACACAGGAGAUGAGCUUCUGAUGCUGAAACCAAAAAGGUAUGGACUCGAACACAAGGAGAACUUCUCUGGAGAGGGUGAUGCGUACAUUUAUCAUUCUAAGGGACACACCCUCAACCCUGGACAGAGAGAUUGGACCAGGUACCAACCCUGGCAGCCCACUAAGACGUCCUAAGUUUAUUUCUUCAGAAGGAGCAACCGCAGAAAUGCAAGGAAAAUUUAUGGAUGCUUAAUUGGUGUCUCUAUUAAUAAAUGACUUGUACUUGUUUGAAGCAGUGGAAGUGUUUGAAUGUGUUUAAUUUGGAAAACAAUGAACUAUCAAAUUCAUAAUCUUACUUUUGAGCAUGGUUUGUGAAUUUGUUGACACUUCCUUGGAGUUGUUUUCUGUUUCUAUAUGAUCGACCAAUAUUGGUGUGGUGGGGAGAGGGGAAGUCGUCCUGUAAAAUGUCAAUUUUCAUGUACUUGUGGUUGCAGUUAAGACAGAUAAACUUUACCGUCAAUAAAAGCUCUAUUAGACCCUCAUUUUUAGUAA